CAGGACCCCCAAUUAUAUAAUGUCACAUCCUCGACAAUGGCUAUGUGCUUAAAUAUUAUUUAUAGGGCUCUGCUUGCGGAUCAUAUAAUGAUCCGGUGCAUAGCAUUUAUUAAGCGAUUAUUACAGAUUACUUUCUAUAUGCCGGUGCCCUAUGCUUGUGGUUUUCUCAUAGUAAUAUCAAAAGUUCUUCAAACUCGUAAAGGGCUCUUUGAAAAAGUUUUGAAACCUGUAGAACCAGAAACAAUCAAAAUAUCUAAAAAGACUAUCUCUAAAAAUUGGAUGGACGAAGAAGAAGACGGCGAUGAAGUGUACAAAGAUGUGGAAUAUGAUUUCGACAAGGCAGAAAUUAAAAAAGAAACUGAUAGUACAAAGAAAAAUGGUAAAAGUGAAUCAUCUUGGGUACACGUAGAUAAUAAAAUAGACACAAAUGUAAAUGUUGUGGGAAUGGAUGAGGAAGAAGAAAAACCAGAUGUUACAAAUCCAGUUAUGGAUGAUAAGGAUGUGGUUGUGAAAGUUAAAAAGGAAACUGUUUUUUACGAUCCUUAUAAUAGAAAUCCUUUACAUGCCGGUGCUAACUUGUCCUUGUAUGUGGAAUUAUUGAAACUUAAAGAUCACUUUCACCCGACGGUACAGUUGUUUGCUGAGAACAUUUUUGUAGGUACUAAAAUUGAUUACGACGGAGAUCCAUUGGUGGACUUCACGUGCAAACGAUUUUUGGAAAGAUUUUCGUUUAAGAAUCCAAAGAAAGUCGAUCUUCUCAAUAAAACUGUGUCUAAAAAACUCAAACUAAGCAAAGGAUCAAGAGGACGAGAUGUUAGAUUAUUAAAUGAAUUCAAUGUUACGGAAGAUGAACGAUUCAUAUUUGAAUAUUUAGAAAAGCAACGAGAAAUGAAGAAUGCGACCAGAGGCUUCAAAGAUGACGAGUCAGAGUCUGAUGAUGAAUCUGUUGAUGAUGAUGAGUUUGAUGAUUAUCUGGACAAGAUUGCUGGAGCAGAUAAAGACGACCUAAAUUACAUGGAAGAGCUUGGCAACAAUUUAAGAAAUCCUAAGAGCAAAGGCAAACAAGGCGAAUCUGACUCCGAUGAUGGUGAUGAUGACCUGACUGAAGAUCAGGAUGAAAAAGAUAAUGAAGAUAACGAUGAUUUCGAUGAUAACGAUGACGAACUUGAAGAAUUUGAUGAAGAUGAUGAUGAAGAUAUGGAACAAAGUGCGGGUGAUGAAACUCUUGGCGGAAAUGAUAACUUCUCAGACUUGGGCAGCGAUGACGAAGAUUUGCUCAACGAUUUAGGUGAUGAUGACGACUUGUCCGAUUUAGAAUUCUCUGAUGAUGAACCUCCAACAAAGAAGAAAAAAGGUGGCAAGAAAAAGAAUGGUAAAGAAGAUAUUGCGUCGUUGUUUGCGAAUGCUGAUGACUUUGCCCAUUUACUUGAUGAAGCUGGUGCAUCCAAACAAAAGUUGGGUACAUCAUCUGCAGUUUUGAAUAAAGAUAAAUCAUCAGACAAACAAUUAAAAUGGGAAGAGAAGCGUAGGCAAAAUUUCAAAGGCAGUGGGAAGAAAUUUGGAGGAAAAAAGGGCAAAAAGCGUCACUGAUACGUGAGCCAAAUUUGAUAUCAUCUCUGAUUUUUUUCUGUCUUGUGUAU